AUGCCUCUAUCAAAGCAUAAAGCACAAUUAAAACAUGCACUUGAAUCACUCGCCAAAAAAGGUAAGAUAGAUCUGCACGAAAAACUUAUUAAUGAAAUAAUAAAACACUUAAACAAAAUUACUAUUUACGCACUUAAAAUCAUACAUGAUCAAAUUUUUAAUAAUUCGAAUACUAAUAAUCCUAUAUAUAAUACAAUAAUCCAUACUCUUAACAUUAUGCCUGAAAUGGACCUUAAAUCAACAUCCCAUCUUUUGCGUACUAUGAAAUAUUCACAUGAGAAGAAUAAAGACCAAAUUUUUUCUCCUUAUAUUCAAAAAAAGGCAUCCAAUUAUAUAUCUGACUCUCUUUAUAAGCCUGGAAAAUCGAUACAUGCAUUAAACCAUAAUAACAAACAGCUCAAACAAAAA